CCCACUACCCACGUGUAGUUUAUAGUUUGUGAUAACUUUAUUAUGUCUUCGAUAGCCUCUCUCUUCGACUCAUGCCCCGCUGUGGUGCCCCAGUUCAAGAUCGUGACAAGCAGAGAGAUAGUGAAACCGUCAGAAGAGAGCCAGCAACUCACAGGAGCUGAGAGACGAUUGAAGAAGAAGGCUGAACGUGAAGAAAAAACGAAAAAGCUGGAAGAAGAGAAAUCAAGUGACACCCGGGAAAGCAGAACAGUAUUUGUAGGGAAUGUACCCAUUUCUUGUAAUCGCAAAGUGGUAAAACAGUUGUUUAAAAAGUAUGGCACAGUCGAGACAAUUCGUCUUCGAUCACUGAAAGUGAAACCAGGUGACCUCCCUGCAAAGGCUGCCCUGAGGAGACAGACCCAGCUGGUGGAGGGGAGUACAUGCAAUGCUUACAUUGUCAUGACUACAACAGAAGAAGCCGAAAAAAGCCUUGCACUGAGUGGGACCCUACUCAAUGGCAGACAUCUCAGAGUCGACCUGUUGGAGAGGUCGAAACAAAAGACUAAAGAGGUCCAAUCAAAUUCUGUGUUUGUGGGAAACCUGCCAUUUGUGGUUGAUGAGGAAAAGCUCAGAGAAGUGUUUGCAUCUUGUGGUCAGGUGGAGGCUGUGCGAAUUGUCAGAGACAAAAAGACUGGAAUUGGAAAAGGUUUUGGCUUUGUGACAUUUUCUGAGAAAAGCGGUGUGAUGUUUGCAGUUCAGAAGAGUAGAAAAUUUGAGCUUGAGGGAAGAGCAUUGCGUGUGUUCAAGGCAAAGCCAGAAGAUUCUUUGAAGAUGAAGAAAUUCUCAGGGAUGCAAUCUAGUAAGCCCUCAGUCAAGUCAAAAAUGAAAGGAAAGACUGGCAAAAGCACCAAAAAAAGGAAACCAAAAGAAAAGACGCCACGAGGAACUAAAAAGUAAAUGACUUUGUCUUAUGGAUUCAGACACGGCAACAGAUAUAUAAACUGAUCCUUUUAAUUAACUCAAAACUCUGAUAUGCAUGCAACUGAUCAUGGACUCAGUUUAUAUAUAAUGUUGUUGUUGUUUCGUUAUCUUUCUGUGGAUAUUGUUUGGUUCUCGAAUAAUUAUUAUGAAGACUCGAUAAUUAUUGUCAUGGUCA